UGCUUUCUUAUAUGUAGUUUAGCAGUUCUGUCGAUAGAGUAACUAGAUUCAUAAAGUUACCGAGAGAUGGUAGAACAAGAUGCUUUUAUUAUAAGUAGUUGCAUAUCUAUUUUCGCUGAACCGGAUCUCAAGAAGCUAGUGACUAAAUUAUGUGUCGCAUUUGGUUUCGCACCCGAAGGUGAGGAAUACAGGAUGGCAGAUUUAGAUGAUUUCUUUGCUAAGAAAGAUCGCAAGAAAGCGAAGGGGAAGAAGUUCACUACUGCAGAUGAAAUUGCAAAGAAAUUGGAAGAAACUGGUAAAAAGGUAGAAAAAAGUAAAAAGGAGAAAGCCGCCAUAUCUUCACAGGUGUCAGGACAGGGAGAAGAAGAACAAGGAAAUCAGGCCCAAGAGGAUGAUGAGUGGAAAGAAUUUGAAGAGGAGAAGAAAGAUUAUACAGGUCUUAAGAUUGGAAACCUACAUAUUGAAGGAGAAGGUGUUGGCGGUGAGGGCGACGAAGAAGAUGAUCAGGAAAUGGAAGAGAACGAAGCAGGUGAACUUGUGCCAAAACGUAAAGUGCAGUCAGGCCCGUGGAAGAUGGUGAAACAACCACAGCCCACAGCUACUGAAGUUUCAGAAUCACAAGUUGUGGAAAAGCGGCCAGAGGGACCCACGGGCAGCAGCUCGUAUGUACCGCCACAUCUACGUAACCAGCCAAAGGAGCCCUCGCACGCUAAUCCUCGGUCAAAGAGUAAAGCAGCGCCUGAUAUCAACAGUGAAGAGUACUUCCCCAGCUUGUUUGCAGCCAAGAGUACAGAGCCAGCAGGAGCAUGGGGAAGGAGGAGGCGUGAUGAAGGUAACUUUGAAGAAGUACGCAAUAGCAAGUCUCAUUCAAGUCGAUAUUCUGAUAUUGCCACCAAGAUGUCUGCCAGUGGUGCAGGCCCCAAACUAAACUUGGGCAACAAGUAUGGACCCCUGAGCCCAGAGCAGAGCUGA